ACCUCAGAUGAAGUGUUUUAUUCUCAUGGCUCCAAACCUAUCUGUCACUGACCCUCCCGUGAAUACACGACCUGCCCACCUUUCUCCACCUUCCUCCCGUGAGACCCAUGUCUCUACACAUGGCCCUCCAUGUGCUGACACCAGGCUGAGGUAACCUCUCCAGCCCCAGCAGGGCCCACUCCUCCCCACAAGCAAAUUCACCUCAGUUCACCCCCUCCCUCCCCAGACCACACACACUGAGUUAUAAAUACACGUGUGUCUUCCCAGGAUGUACUCGCUGAGCACAUCUGAACACAGCAGACUCUUCCCAAACCUCCAAGGCCAUGAAAACAACAAAGAACUCUCGCUGCCUCUCCCUACCCGAUUGUGAAUGUAUUUGUUACAGAGAUUAUGUGAGUGGAUCCCAAGAACCCACAACACCAUGUAGAAUUCAAAUCAGCUCAUCACGCAGUGGUCAGAUUAAGGUCAGAGUGUUAACACUGCUGGCUAUCAACACCAUCCUCCUACAGAACAUGAAUCUCCAGGGCCUGGUGCCAUGACUGGAUGUGGUAACUACUCACUAAAUGUUAGUUGAUUGACAGGGUGGUGGAAGGAAGGAAGAGAAUUUGCAUUUACGGAACUCAGGAAAGGGAAGUGUCUCACCCAGAUCACACAGCCUCUGUAAGAGGCACAGGCAGAACUGGAACUGAAAUUGGGCCAGCUCCCAGGUCCGGCCCACCCUCCCCGACCUUGGCUUCUGGGACCAGAGUCACUCUCUGGACUUGGGCUUGGCGGGGAACAGGCAGAGCGGCAGGGUCGCGUGGGGUCUGGUGAGACUCACAUCUGGUCUGAAAGGUCGCAGGGCCUCUGCUGUCGGGCGUCCUUCAGGGAGAGCAGAGCAAGGCCCCGGAGGGGGUGUUCCCCUUCCUGUAAGGCCUCUCGUGAGGAACCCAUGAUGGGGACCACGGAGCCUGGGCCAUGCCACACCCUGUGCAUGCGUCUGUCCUGUGGACUCUGAGGACUUUUAAGCUGUCUGCACCGCUGGGACCAUGGGAGGCAGCGUCAGGACCCAGACCCUCACCGCCCUUCUGUGUCUCGGGCUGUGUCGGGGUCCGUGGGACCAGGUACAGGCAAGGUACCUUCCCAAACCCUCCAUCAGGGCUGACCCCAGCCCCAAUGUCACCAGGGGGACCCCUGUGACCAUCUGGUGUCAGGCAUCUCUGCAGGCUGAUGUCUACUAUCUGUAUAAAGAGAGGGUCUCUGAACCCACGUCCAUGGAGAUCUCACAGGAGUCCAGCGACAAGGCCAGUUUCUCCCUUGGAUUCAUGAGUCCGCACAAUGCAGGGCGAUACCAGUGUCAAUAUCACAGCAGGAACGGCUGGUCACAGCGGAGUGACCUCCUGCCCCUGGUGGUGACAGGAGUGUACGACCCACCCUCCCUCUCAGCCAUCCCAGGCCCUGUGGUGGCCUCAGGAGGGAACGUGUCCCUCUCCUGUAGCUCACCACAUCCAUGGCAAACCUUCCGUCUGCUGAAGGAGGGGGGAGCUGAUGCGCCCCGACAUCUGGAAUUGAAGUUCCCUCGUGAGAAGAGGCAGGCACUGUUCCCUGUGGGCCCCGUGAGCACCUCCCACGGGGGGACCUACAGGUGCUACGUUUCUCCAGCUUCCUACCCGUAUGUGUGGUCACUCCCCAGUGACCCUCUGCACCUUCAGGUCACAGGCGCCUACAGGGAGCCCACCCUCCCAGCCCAGUUGGGCUCACUAGUGCAGCCUGGAGACAACCUGACCCUCCAGUGUCACUCUGAGGCCGGAUUUGACACAUUCGCUCUGAUGAAGGAUGAGGGGCUCACACCUCCCGUGUGUCUAGAUGGGCAGCAGCCCAACUUCUCCCUGGGCUGUGUGACCCCCACCCACGGGGGCCAGUACAGAUGUUAUGGUGGACACAACCUCUCCUCCACAUGGUCGGUCCUGAGUGCCCCCUUGGACAUCCUGAUCACAAGCCUGUACAGGAAACCGUCCCUCUCGGCCCAGCCGGGGCCCUCAGUGUCCUGGGGAGAGAAUGUGACCCUGCAGUGUCGCUCGGAAAUCUGGCUCGACACCUUCUACCUGUCCAAGGAGGGGUCACCUGCUCCUCCCCAGCACAUUCGUCUGCAGGACACAACUGCACCUUAUCAGGUCAACUUCAACAUGAGUCCUGUGACCUCAGACCAUGAGGGGACCUACAGGUGCUACGCCUCAUCCAGCACCUCUUCCUACUUGUUGUCACACCCCAGUGACCCCCUGGAGCUGCUGGUCUCAGCAGCUGACGCCAUCCUCCCAUCACAGAACAAGUCAGACCCCAACAGUGACUCCCACUCCAAAGAUUACACAGUGGAGAAUCUCAUCCGCAUGGGCAUGGCUGGCUUGAUUCUGGUGGUCCUUGGGAUUCUACUAUUUUGGGAUCACUCCAGUCAAAGGAGAAUCCAAGAUGAGGCCAGGAGGUAAACACAAGAGACAACAAUGCCAACAGUUAGUGUGCCCGGGAAUUUCUGCAAUAGUAUGUGGGCCCUGUGCCGUGUGAACUCCUCACUCGUCAUUGUAAGGAGGAGGACUCAUGGCUCAUGUACAGGGAAAAUGCCUGGACUGUUCUGCCAUUAAACUGUGGACUCUCUUUCCCAACCAUG